AUGAGUGGAGACCCAGCUCCCGACCCAGCUCCCGCGCAAGACAUGGCGACGGACGAGAGAAGCUGCCGGCACUUCAGACCCACAAGGUGCUUCUUGCGGGUGCAGUUGACCUUUGAUCCGCCCGGCGAGCAGCCUUCUGCCCAGAUGCUUCAGGCAGCCAUCCAUGAGGCGAUGCACAGCGCUUUCGGUUCUUGCGGCGCCAGCUUGUGCCACUGGUCCUUGCUGUCGGCACCUGACGAGAAGGGUUGCUUCUUCCUCCGGGUGCGUCCGGAGCACCUGCAACAGCUCCGCUUCGCGUUGACGCUGACCCGCUGGCGCCGCCGCAGCCGCGCGGACGUGCUGGCGGCAACUAUCAGUCCAAUGGCAGUGGACGAGACUGGUCGGGUAGCCUUGGAGUCUGCUUGGCACGGGCUGCGACUGGAUCCCAUUGUGUACUUUGCUCACGGGUUCUUCUUGGGUGACUUCGAGUAUCGCAACGGGCGCCGAACGCCUCAGCCCAACACCUUCGGCUCGCGGCCAGAGCCGCCGCCCAUGCAGCCGCGAGGCGCGCCCGCCGAAGUCCAAGCGGGCCGCAAGCGCGCAGAGCACGCUCGGCUGUCCCAGGCCGAUCGUUGGAAGCUGCUGCACAUGGAGCGUGGGGAGGGCUUAGGUGGGGCUCAGUCGCAGAGCCUCAGCUCGCUCUCCAACACGCCGUGCUUGUCCUGGAAGGAGGCCACGAAGGCCGCGGGUCGCCGGAAGGCGCCGAAAGGAAGGGGCAGCCUGGCCAAGGAGGGCGAGUUCUCCGAGCUCACUCCGAAUGUGCCGGGCAGGGCCGCUGAGGGCGAUCAAAGCGUACCACCCGGCCCUGGCGACCACACCCGCGGCAUCCGAGGGAGCGCCCCUCAUUUUGCAGCAACCUCUCACAACUUGGGGCAGGUGGAGUCGGGCUUGGAGAAGAGGUUUGAAGUAGAGCUGGCAGCAGUGAACCGCGCUGCCCGAGUGCAUGAGGCAGACAAGACUUUCAAGCGACAGGAAGGCGACCAUUCCCUUGGCAUUGUGGCAAAGGCACCGUUCCACAAGUCCACCCUCUCAGAGUUGGGCGAGGGGCAGAAUUUCACCACGCCGGACUACGGGGCGCCUCACAAGUAUCGUUUUGCUGCCAACCCGAUUUUCUUCGACAAGCCUGAUCUUCAGGCGAAGAAGGCGCAAGAGGGAGAUCAUUGCCUGGGCAUCAAGGCGGGACAGUGCCGCGUGCAGCUGCCGCUUUCAGCGUCCAGAGGUUUUGGUGCCGUGUCGAAGCUGGCCAUUGUGCACGAGCGAACUGACCGCGCCCGGCACAGGCUUGGGGACAUCCCAGACUGGCCAAAGAAGCGCUACGAUUUCGGAUCAAUGUGGAUUCUUUUUACUGCGUUCUUCAUAUCAGUCAGCGCCUACAACCGGCAGAGGGCCUUCGUGCAGGUCCUUGUGAACCGAUCCCAUGACAUCGGUUUGCUGACAAGCUCAUUGAUGAGAUCAGAGCGGGGUUUGCGAAAGACAGUGCAGGUGCGGUUCAGCUUGCUGCAGCCAACCAAUGACGUUGUCAGCCUGCUGAACACACAAGUGCCUUUCUUGAAGAACUCGCUCUGCUGGGCAGAGAAGAACCUGGCAGCCACCCUCAUGGCAAAUCACGCCUUCGGACAUCCGCCUGAGUACGUGGUCUACACAGAUAACCAUACUCACUCGCAUGCGCAGGGCGUUUUCCAAGAUUUCCCUUGGCAUCGCUACCAGCUCAUUAAUCUGGACACAGAUCCACGUGAUCCCAUCCGUAUGGCACCUUUCAACAAAAGCGAGUUUGACGACAAGAACUUGGCUUCGGUCAGAAGGACCUUGGCAGACAGCGACCACCUGUCCGUGAGCAGCGGGCGACUACUUCUGGGUACAGACAUCAAGUUCUUGCAGAAGCCCGAUGACUUCACCGAGGCCGCGGCAUCGCUCAAGGAACACGAGGCGAUCUACAUGAUCGACCGCUUCUGGCAGGGGGAGACGGCGGAUGGCCAGCCCGUGAGUGACGUGCUGUACCGAAUGAACCACUCGGGGCCGCAGUGCCCGGGCCUUCUGGGGGACUUUGUCUACCUCAGCCCGGGUACAGAGGUCUCCAUGCGAAAUCUGCAGUCCAAGAUGUUGUGGUACAUGAACCAGCCUAGGCUACUGACAAGGACCAUCCCGCCCUGUCCCGCCAGCUGUAUGGCCUCCAAUGGCCUGCAUGCCAUCGAUCAGUUUGCGCUGGUCAUGGCGCUGGGCGAGGCAGUGAGGCCUGCUGGGCAGGGCUGCUUUCCGCUGGAUGCAGAGAAGUACUCUCAUUGGUACCCGCGCACUACCAAGACGCAGGUGACCCACGACAAGACCAUGGAUGCCUGCAUGCUGAAGAGCCCCCAAGAAGAUUGGAGUUCGGACGAGGAUGAGGACAAGUUGAGGAUGCUGUUCGCAGUCAUCCUGCUGCUGCUUAUUGCCGUCACCUCCUUGUUCUGCGCCUUCCUGGAGGAGAAAGGAGACCCUGGAGAUUGGAAGGGCAUGUGCAGCUCGUGA